AGUGAUUGUUAGAAAACAAGCCAGCUGUGUAGGCUGGAUGGUUAUCAAUGAUACUGGGAGUGAGGAGUGCGUCUGGAGGAGACAGUGGGCUGUUGGAGACAGAUUUCAACUGAGAGACAUAAAAGUGGGGGCAAUCCUCAUGUGUGAGGAGAGCUUGAGUCUGACAACAGAAAGGUUGAUGAUAGCUUUGAUUUCCAAACAUUACAGGGAGUGAGCUUCUUAGAUGCAUUUUUAAAGGAAGAUCUUCAGGAGAAAGCCUGACCUGGAACAUACAAGAUGUGGUUCAUGUGUCGGAGAAGUCUUUUUUCUCAGCACCAAAAUGCCUGUGAGACGCGGUCAUGUUGCGCUCCAGAACACCUACCUGGACACUAUCAUCAGGAAAUUCGACGAGCAAAAUCGCAAGUUUCUCAUCGCCAAUGCACAGAUGAAGAACUGUGGCAUCAUCUAUUGCAACGAAGGCUUCUGCCAGAUGUUUGGUUUCGCCAGGGCAGAGAUCAUGCAGCAGCCCUGUACCUGUCAGUUCUUAGUGGGUCCUGGCACCAUGAAGAGCGCCCUGGCCCAGCUGGCACAGGCCCUGCUUGGCUCAGAGGAGCGUAAGGUGGAGAUCCUCUACUACGAUAAGGAAGGGACAUGCAGACCAUGCCUGGUGGACAUUGUACCUGUAAAAAACGAGGAAGGAAUUGUCAUCAUGUUCAUCCUCGACUUCCAGGAGCUGAUUGAUCGAACUCUCAAGAAGUCAGGCCUCAGGCAGAGAGUCGCCCAGGGAUGGAUUUACUGCCAGAAUCGCAGGUUGAAGAUGAGGCUGCCGGUGCUGCGGUCCAUGCGACGACCUUCACUUUCCAAAGAUCAAUUUGAAGGAGUGGUAGUGGACUACCUGCAGCCAAACAGCGAGGAAGUCCCUCUCAAAGAAUUUCGGAUCCCGUCCAAGGAGAGCUGCAUGCAGUCUGAGACAGAAGCUCUGAUAGAACAGGACCUGGAUCCUCCCUCCCCUGCAGCCCAGUCCUCCAUCAAGCAGCGUUCCCUGCUGACAGACCGCCUGGACCCGGGCAUCCCUUUUCCCAGAGGGACUUUACCUCGGAGCUGUUCUAGGGACAGCAUCCGCAGCCUUCGACGUGCCUCGUCACUGGAUGAUAUUGAUGGCAUCAGGGCAGAAUGGCACAGUCCAACUGGAGACCCUCGAACCAACAGCAAUCUGAAGCCAAGCGCUCUGAACUCCACGUCAGACUCGGACCUGAUGAGACAUAGGGCCAUCGGUCGUAUCCCUCAGGUUACUCUGACCUUCGGUUCGGACCGGAUGAGACCUCCUUCGCCCACAGAGAUUGAAAUAAUUGCACCCAGCAAGAUUAAAGACCGAACCCAGAACGUCACAGAGAAGGUCACUCAGGUCACGCAGGUAUUGUCCCUUGGUGCUGACGUGCUGCCAGAGUACAAGCUCCAGGCCCCACGCAUCCACAAAUGGACCAUCCUUCACUAUAGCCCCUUCAAAGCGGUAUGGGACUGGGUCAUCCUGCUGCUGGUCAUCUACACCGCCAUAUUCACACCUUACUCGGCCGCCUUCCUUCUCAAUGAGGUGGAGGACGAACGGAGGAGAACCUGCGGCUACACCUGCAACCCGCUCAACGUGGUGGACCUGGUGGUUGAUGUCAUGUUCAUCGUGGACAUCCUCAUCAACUUCAGGACCACCUACGUCAACCACAACGACGAGGUGGUCAGCCACCCGGGACGCAUCGCGCAGCACUACUUCAAGGGCUGGUUCCUCAUCGACAUCGUGGCUGCCAUCCCGUUUGAUCUGCUCAUAUUCCGCUCCGGGUCUGAGGAGCCUCAGACAACCACUCUGAUUGGAUUACUGAAAACAGCCAGACUGCUGAGGUUGGUACGAGUGGCCAGGAAGUUGGACCGUUACUCAGAAUAUGGAGCUGCCGUCCUCUUCCUUCUCAUGUGCACCUUUGCCCUCAUCGCUCAUUGGCUGGCCUGUAUCUGGUAUGCCAUUGGCAACGUGGAGCGCACAGGCUCUGCCCGCAUCGGAGGCAUGAAGAUCGGCUGGUUGGACAACCUGGCUGACCAGAUUGGUAAACAGUACAAUGACAGUGAUGAUGCCUCGGGCCCCUCCAUCAAGGACAAGUAUGUUACAGCCCUGUACUUCACCUUCAGCAGCCUGACCAGUGUGGGUUUUGGGAACGUCUCACCAAAUACCAACCCAGAGAAGAUCUUCUCCAUCUGUGUCAUGCUCAUUGGAUCUCUGAUGUACGCCAGUAUCUUUGGUAACGUGUCAGCCAUCAUUCAGAGACUGUACUCAGGUACGGCUCGUUACCACACCCAGAUGCUGCGGGUCAAAGAGUUCAUCCGCUUCCACCAGAUCCCAGGAGGCCUGAGACAGAGGCUGGAGGAGUAUUUCCAACAUGCCUGGUCCUACACCAAUGGCAUUGACAUGAACGCAGUUUUAAAGGGUUUCCCUGAGUGUCUGCAGGCUGACAUCUGCCUCCAUUUGAACCGCAGCUUGCUGCAGAACUGCAAAGCUUUUCGAGGGGCCAACAAAGGCUGCUUGCGGGCUCUGGCCAUGCGAUUCAAGACCACCCACGCUCCGCCGGGUGACACUUUGGUCCACAGUGGGGACAUCCUCACCGCCCUCUACUUCAUUUCCAGAGGCUCUAUAGAAAUCCUCAGGGACAAUGUGGUGGUGGCCAUUCUAGGAAAGAACGACAUAUUUGGUGAACCCAUCAGUCUGUAUGGAAGGCCAGGCAAAUCCAGUGCUGAUGUCAGAGCUUUGACCUACUGCGACCUUCACAAGAUCCUGAGAGACGACCUGCUGGAAGUGCUGGACAUGUAUCCCGACUUCGCUGACAUGUUCUGGAACAACUUGGAGAUCACCUUCAACCUGAGAGAUGCAGAUAGAAUAAACCAGCCAACCCCGGGCAGGGACUCUGAAUGUGGCUACCGCCGGAAAAGGCAUCGGAGAAGCUCCCUGCGUCGUCGAAACCGACCAGACGGCAUGGACCGUGAAGACUCUUACCCCGAUCAGUCCUGUCCAAUGGCAAACCACCACCGGGGCACGAUGGCAGGACCCCAUUGGGAAGACCUCUGCAGCAGUGCUAGUAUCUGUUCGCAGUCUAGUGAUGAUGAGACGAAGCCCAUGGGACACAGCAAGGGGGAGCUUUAUCCCUCCGGGGGUGACACCAGAGACUACCCCUCAGCAGUAGUGAACCUCCUUCCUCACAGUGGACCUUCAGCUGGGAUGGGACCGCCUGUAGACCUUGGAGGACCAACAUACUCACCGGCACCUCCUAUGAGCAUGUCAGGCCUGUAUGGCUACUGGCCAGAGCGCAGAUCCAGCCAGUUCUCAGAGAACCAGAGACGACCGUCCUCAGUCAGGGCUAGUUUCCACCCUGCACCCUGCGCUGAGGAUCGGCCCAGCGAGCUGGAGUCCAGACUGGAGCUGUUGCAGUCCCAGUUAAACCGACUGGAGACCCGUAUGACAGCAGACAUCAAUGUGAUCCUGCAGCUCCUACAGAGGCAGAUGGCGCCGGUGCCUCCAGCCUACAGCGCUGUGUCCCCAAGUCCUCACCCGCCUCACCCCACCACCCUGUACAACACAGGAGCUCCCACAAUCCACACUGUCCCUCCAAUCCAGCCAGUACAGAUCGACAGCUCUGCCUCACUCAUACAGAGCCCAGAUUCUGACUCCAAGCACAAAUCCAAGGACUCCCUGUCCAGCGGGAUCCACCUCACUGUGGCCUCUGAUGACACUGUGUCCAUGUCACCAGAGGCUGACCCACCGCAUCUGCCCUCUGUGUACCUCAACCCUCCUCAAUUGUUAGGGGCCCAAGAGCCUCCUGGACUGCUAUGUGGCAGCCAGCGCUUCCCCUCCCUCCCUGAGCACCUGGAGACCUCCACAGAAAUGCAGGAGAUCCAGAGGCAUGUCUCUGACCCUGUCUUGCCAGGCAGCUAGAACACUAAUCACCAACACCACCUGAAAGCUUGGUCCUUUGGACAGGACAGCCAUAUGUUCCUCACCCUGUUAUUUUCUUUUUCCUCCUUUGAAAUCUCCUCUGUCCUGUUCAGAUGCUGCUGUAGAACUUGGGAUGCUUUGCCUUCCACGUCACUGAGGGUUCAGAGUGCCUCCUGUUUCUCACGUACAGACUCUAUGGCGCCCUCACCGGCUGCUGUGCUUUUGUGCGCCAGUGUCCCUUCACACUCGAGGUCCUGUGCAAUGAAGAGAUUAUUCCUGCCCAGCAGGUUGGGAAGAUUGUGAAAAAUAUUGUUGACAGUAAACACAACAACAUAUACAUGCGUCAUGCGGUUGCUGGAUCUGAAAACUACACAACCUGCAACCAGGGUUUCCUUGAGGAGAGGUGAAACGUCACGGACUACUAAUAUGUUUCAUGUGAAGAAUUAUCUGCGUUCAUUUUGUAUAACAAUUGCACAUUUAGACUUGAGCUUAGAAAAAUGUAAUCAUUUAAUGGGAACUGAAUUUAUUUUCCUAAUCUUAGAGAUGAAUCGGUCCCAAUAAGAACGACACAGAUAGUAAAUGUAAUAACUAUGAGUGUUUAUAAGUUAGAGACUCACUAUUGCUGUUAUGGUGUAUGCUGAAAAAAAUAUCAAAAGGCAUACAAUAACUGUCUGGCACACUGUGAAGGAUGGUGGGUGAGAAGCACUCCUUGAAUAAAAGCAUAAUUUUCAUCUCAUAUUUCAUGUUCUGACAUUUUGACAUGAAUCAGCAGUCGUGGUCAACUGUGUCAUCUGAUCACAACGUGGUAUUAUAAUGUACUCAAUCAAGCAGAACAAAAAAACUUGAUAGUUUCUUGUACAUUUACACGUAGCGCUUACAGUUUUGUUUUGAUCAUGACUGCUUUGCUUGGUUUCCCCUGUAUAUCUGCGCUGUUCCACUCAAACAUGUGUCACCUGGUUUUCAAAGUGGCGUGGUCACAUGGUUUUAUAAUGUACCUAAUGUGUUUUACUGAAGUUUCAUUUUGAUUCACAGAGGAUUGACAGUGCUACUUAAAAACUGCAGAAGGUUGUUUUUUGUCAACUGAGUGACAGGUGAAGUGGAUGGUAACUGUCAAUCACACACAGACACAGACGUCAUCUCAAGGCGUCCUUUGUGAAGAAUGAUUUCACAGUUCCAACCACAAGGUGAAUGUAAUGACUUUUUAAGCAUUUAUAAUUAUGUAUAAUGUCUUGAAGCACAAAUUCCUGUUAUUUAUCUUUUUUAGAUUAAAGACACACUGCAGAGUUA